AUGUUCUGCGAGUACAAUGCGGAACAAAUCAGUAUGCAUCCCAAAAAGGUACCAAAAGUGAGCUACAAGAAGGAAUGGGAGACCAUUCUGGACAAAGAAGGCGAGAAAAUUAUUCCAAAACAAUCUGGAGACUAUGGACUCGCUACUCAGGCGGGAGAGGUGUCCAUGGGAGCACAUCGUAACCAAGUGGCAAAUGUACGCGGACGAACAAACAUCUUCGCAUCUCAAACGGGAAUGACAGCUCCGCCCGGUAUCGGUGCCGUACGACAGGCGACACAGCGAAUUGAAGGCUUGGAUAUGACGGAGGACCAACAACGUCGUGGUACCGAGUUUACUCCAUGGUACUCAGGCCAGAACAAAUUCGCAACUCAAGCCGGUAGCGGAGGUUUCCUGAAAGUUCGAGAUGUUCUUCCUCACACCGUGGGUGGCAAAGAGAUUGAUGAGGACUUGAAGCAGAAGUCCGAAGGAAUUGUUCCUCUUCAAUCUGGUACCAACAAGUUAGCCUCGCAGAGAGGAAUGACUGGUUUCGGUACGCCAAGAAACACUAUGUUGAGGUCUGGAUGGAAGAAGGAAUGGCAAGAGAUUUACAGGAUCGAGGAGUACGAGUUGGCGCUGAAAGAGUGGGAAGAGUCCAAACCGCCAGGUAGUGCUUCCAGCGCCGAUCCUUUCGGACACUACAAGAAGAAGUUUGAGGAGAGGGAGUCAUCGCGCCAAUCAGAAGUUGAUACUCAGUCGAAGGCUGCAGAAGAAGAGAAGGAGGAAGAAAAAGAAGAAUUAGAAGAGGAGGAAGAAAAAGAAGUUGAAGUUGAAGUAGGAGAAGAGGAAGAAAAACCAGUAGAGGAAGAGGAAGAAGAAGAGGAGGAAGAGGAAGAAGAAGAGGAAGAAGAGGAGGAGGAAGAAGAAGAGGAAGAAGAAUAG